UGAUUUUGUAGAAUGCAUCACUGAUAAAAUAGAUAAAGAACUUCCAUGCGCGAUGACAAAGUCAAUAGAUGUAGUUUAGUCGACGAAAAUUGUUCAUUCGUUUCUCUGAUUUCAAAGUGAGAGGUUGAUUUUAAUAGAAAAUUCUUCCAUAAAAAAGAAAAAUCAAUUAAAAAAGAUAUUUCAAAAGUAUUUAACAGUGGAAAGUUAAGAAUUGAUAAAAGUACGAUCAAAUCGAGUAAAAGUUUUGUGAAAAACGCGAAAGUAAUAUAAUUAACUUAAAAAAAUAGAAAUUAGUGUAGAAACCUAAAAGUUGCAAUUUUUCGAUAGAUUAAAGCAAAAUGGCCGAUCAAUUAACAGAGGAACAGAUUGCUGAAUUCAAAGAAGCAUUUUCAUUGUUCGACAAAGACGGUGAUGGAACAAUCACAACAAAAGAAUUGGGAACUGUGAUGAGAUCGCUUGGUCAAAAUCCAACAGAAGCCGAACUUCAAGACAUGAUCAAUGAAGUUGAUGCGGACGGAAAUGGAACAAUUGAUUUCCCUGAAUUCCUUACCAUGAUGGCUCGUAAAAUGAAAGAUACUGAUAGUGAAGAGGAAAUUCGGGAAGCAUUCCGCGUAUUUGAUAAAGACGGCAAUGGCUUCAUCUCUGCAGCAGAAUUGCGCCAUGUAAUGACAAACUUGGGAGAAAAAUUAACAGACGAAGAAGUCGAUGAGAUGAUUCGUGAAGCAGAUAUCGAUGGUGAUGGACAAGUUAAUUACGAAGAAUUUGUCACCAUGAUGACAUCAAAGUGAGCUCCUGUUUUGAGUGUACGUCGUCAGCCUUUGAAUACACAACACUAUUACAAUUAUAAAACUAUGAAAAACUGUAAUAUGAUCUAUCAAUAUUUUGUUCUGUAAAAAAAGAAGCUAUGGGAAAAGGCCACAUAAAUACCAUCACAUGUAAAAUUUUUCGCAUUUUCUAUAUGUGCUUCUUAAUAAUACAACAAAAAGUAACAUUUUAAAGCGGAUAAUCGCACUUUAUUUUAUAAUUUUUCAUUUCUAAACGUUUCAGUUAAAAUAUGGUUAAAUAUUUUUAAAAUAAUAUUUAAUAAAUAUGUACUAAAAUUUGUUGAAACAUUUUUCAAGCAAAACUAUUUGAGAUUUGCAAAAAAUAUACUUAUUUAAAUAACAAGAAAAAAGAAAAAAAACUAUCGCUAUAAAUUUAAAGAUAAAAAGAAAUAAUAGCAAAGUAAGAGAAUUGAGAGAAAAAAAAAUUUAAAAAAAAUCCACUGUAUCUUUUGAAAAAAAAUUGCAAAUUUAAUCAAGCUUUCACACCUCUCACCCAGAAAUCUGUACUUUUCAAAAUUAAAUAAAUAUGAUUCAGUUCAAA